UGUGCAGGGCCAUUAAUGGAUGUUCCUUGUGUUCAAGACAGAGUUUUCUAUUUCCCUCAGGGUCACAUUGAAUUGUUGCCAGAACCUACAGAACAACAUUUGAGGCAGAUGAAGAAUCAGAAAUCUCCCAAAUACAAUCUUCCGUCGAAGAUCUUAUGUCGUGUUAUCGAUGUUAAGUGUCUGGUAAUGUUUAUCUUUUUUUGGUUCCUUAUGUUGUGUUAUGUGUUCUUGAUUGGUAAUGUUUAUCUAAUAAUUCUCAGUCCUGAUUUUUGUGAAUCUACUUCAAGUUUCAAAUGGCACUUUCAAACAUGUGCUACUGACCUACUGUACCAAUUUCAAUAUGAUAAUGCUUGAAUUCAAAAGGAAAAGAAAGAAAAUAGAAAACAAGUACUUUAGUAGCACAAAGAGUCAACUUUGAAAGUUUGACACAUUGUAAUUUAAUCUUAUAUAUUGAUGGGUAAAUUACUUUAAUUAGUAAGAAUCUCUAAUCCACAAAUGUUUAUGUUUUGGGUGCUAG